AUGCCAGACGACAAAAAGCCCCCGGACCACUCCAUGGCCCCUCCUCCUAUGGAUCCAUUCCCCACCUAUCAGACUCCCUAUCCUCGCUCCAACAAGGACGACGAGAACCCAUUCAUCCUAUUCCGCCGCUUUGCUGACGAGCAAUUCUCAUCCUUCUUCUCGGGGUUUCCCCAGCUGUUUGGCGUCUCUGGUGCCCGCAGUGACCGCCUGAAGCAAGAAGUCGACGACCUGAUGCGUCAGAGACAGGAAUGGGAGGAAGGCUUCCGGAAGCAGGUCGAGCAGGAGAUGGAGGAGAUGAGACAGCAGGUGGAAAAAUCCAAGAAUGAAGCCUGGAGAUCGAUGGAAGACGCGUGGAGACAACACUCGAUGCAGACCAGGAGUGAUGCAAAGGACACCCCUUGGUGGACUCGAGGCAGAGCUGCCCGUUGUCCUGCUUUGAACGGCCAAGAGCCCCAGAAUAACGCGGAUAAAUGUCCUGCUCUGUACGAUGAAGCGGGACAUCCCAGGACCGAAUUGGAUGCCUAUAAUGCACUCCCGCGGAAAAACGAUGACAAACAGGUGCAAGUACCCGAGGCACCAGCUCACAGAUCGACCGAGAAGAGCCCUUCCAAUUCUUGGUUCUCUGCUCUUGGCUGGGACGGCAAGCAGAAAGAGAAGUAUUCGCCCAGCACCUGCAGCAACACUGACGAGACUAAAGACCGUGCUCCAAACGAGAAGCCCAUUUCUCCGCCUACCACAUAUUCCCUCUGGGCAGCCCGGCGGAUGCAACCGUUCGAUAAUCCCGACGAGACACUCCCCUGGCUUAUGCUCAGCCCUUAUUCCCCAAUCUACCUCUGCAAUCCUGCACAAUCGCGACUUUUCAAAGUCAAGAUCCAAGACUCGGAAGGCGAGCCAUUCCAGAUCUCUGGCGCCAAGUUCUUCGAGAGAUGGUAUACGAGCGUAGACGAGAAGUUGGCAAAACACAAGCCUUGGGCUGACGCGUUUGAGGACCUGUUGAGCCUCCAGCAGACAGGAAAGAUGGUUGAUAGGGACAAUUGGAAUACUUGGCGAACCCCUAAGACCUGGAUACACGACAUGGUGAGCAGGGGCAGUCUCGGAAAUCGAUGGGGCUUUAGCGAGCACGGUAUGCUGGUCAAACGGGCGGUUCCUCCGAGAACUGUAGGAACGACAGAAUCUCUUACAGACGCGGAACACCGUUGUGCCAGAUGGCGCUGGAGCCAUCAGUGUCAUCGACGCAACAACUCCGCGGGAGAAGUCACGCCACCUGAAGAGCAACCAGAAGAGAGCAGUGCUGCCGCAAAUGCAACCAUUUCGGCGGAUGAUGAAGCUGCGCAGGAAGCCCUUGGGCCAGCCGCUGUUGGUUCUGUCAAUGAGGAGGAGACAAGGGCUCCCCUUCCUGCGACUUCUCGAUCGUCUUACUCGUUCGACUCCUCCGCUUUAUCCUCCACUAAUGACAACGACAUGCGACCUAAUGACAAGACUCUGGUGGGGCAUUCUACUACGAUCUCCACCCGCACGUUGCCGGAUGGCUCCAUUGAGUCGAGAGUGGUCUAUAAGCGACAGUUCGCAGAUGGAACAGAAGCGACCGAUGAGACGGUCACUCAUCCCAGCCCGAGCACCCGCACUGAGACGGAUUAUAGAGAGCCCCAAGGUCUCCUUCGAUCUGAACUCGAUGGGCAACAAAAGAAUCAGGAACACAAGCGAGAGCAAGAGCAAGAGUCUCAAUAUGCGAAGCGAUUUCCUCGAAGGAUCCCAAUUUCUGAGGCCGAGCCGGAGCCGGAGGUGGAGCAUGAGCGGCAGCCACAGUCAACGCAACAGCAAGAUAGUACCAACAGCAAUGAGCGACCCAGACGGAGUGGCGGUGGGUGGUUCUGGAACUGA